ACUCCCAGAACAGCCACCCUCAUGGACUUGGAUUGUGGAAACUGUUUGGUUGAACAUCAAAUAUCCCUGGUGUUUAUUUACUGAAACAUGAUUAAAUAUUGGCACAAGUCCUUCUGAUUUCCUCAAAUCUUUAUACUCAAGGGACGCCGCGUUGGCAAAUGUUCUUUCUUUACUAAACCUCGUAUGGAUGUAGCACCAGACAACAGGCUCAUACAAGGUUAGGGUUACUUCCCCGAAACAAAACUUAUUUCUCAAAAACCUGCUAAACUGGUACAAAAAGCGCAGCCCGAGGCUUCCUAAGAAACAGCAGUUACCACAGAACCACCUCACGCUGUCGUGUAAUGGACACUGGCGCAGCCCUGCACCACGACUCAUAUUAUAAGAAGAGCGGCAACAAUCAAUCUCUUACGGACUACUUUUUUUUUUUCUGAGGUGAAGGUUGUACGAUAUCUAAACGUGAUGACGUAACGUAUCACACAAGGGACGGCCGGCGUCGGCCGCGUUGCAAAAGCUUUCCAGCGAGUUUUUUUUUUUUUAAUUUUAAUGAGGCGGAGGGAUUUCUAUUUCUGUAAUGUAGAUCCGGAGUUGGUGAAGGAUGCAGAUGGGAAUGUGCUGCGGCUGCCAGUUGCAGGUUCUGUGAUCCCCCUGUUACUUUAUGCUAGCAGUAUCUAUUGAUGCAGCUGGGAAGGCAGCUCAGGCAUGGAGUGAAGCUCAGAUGGCAGAAUCAGGAACACUAUCCAAAUUAUAGCCCAGGGCUUCAUUGAGAGCAUAUGUUACUAGUUACAGUUAAUUUUUCUUUGCUGAUCACUCAACUGACUGCAACUUUGGACUUUGGAGUUUUAAUAAAGUACUGUGUGAAAAUAUGGCAGGCCAUGUUUCUCCACAGGUAAUAUUCCGAGAUGUUGCUGUUUAUUUCUCUGAAAAGGAGUGGGAUCUCCUCGAAGGAUGGCAGCGAGACCUUUACACUGGUGUAAUCAAAGAAAUUCAUGGAAUUCUCAUAUCCCUCGGAUUUAUUAUUCUUAAUCCAAACAACUUCUUAAGGAUUCAGCCAGAAGAUGAACCAUGUCGGAAAAGCCGUAAUGUGCUCGAAAGACAUGAAAGCAUAAAUAUCACAGAGCCUGACUGUGGUUUGGUGAAUCCUGAUAUUUUAUUAACUGUCCAGCUUGGUGAAAAGCAGCGUGUUGCAGAUACUUAUGAAGAGGACAGAGGAAGAAAUGUGGCAUUGCCUAGCACAAGCAAGUUCAUUGACAAGUUUGGUGAAUAUACUGCUGUCAAACAGGAAGCCCGAAUAGCGGAUUAUACAACUAUUCCAAAUGUAGAACCGUUGAAUAGUCCAAAAAAGCGUUAUCCCUGUAAUGAACCAGUAUUGCGACGAGUCAGUGUUCAGGAACAACCAUCCAAUAGCUUGCAUUUGGAAUUGAAACGUGGGAUCAGAUUAUCUACUGUGCAGGGAAACAGAGCAUCUACCUCUGGUUUAAGUAAGCCAAAUGUUGUUGCAGUACCAGGAAAGUUCAUUAUCAAGAAGCCAUACAAUGUAUGUGACAAGAACUUUAAUGUAAAAGCAUACCCAAAAAUUGAACCUCUAACUUUAAAACUGAAAUCAAAAGAACUGCCAUCUAACACUGAAAAUGGUAGCUUGGAAGGAAGAAAAAUGGUUAAUUUUAUUAAUGUAGACAAAACCAUCAAUGAGAGACAAGUCACUCAGAAACUCAACUUAGGAAAUAUACCUUUGAAAAACCAAGGAAAAGUUCAAUACAAUUUGAAAAGUAGCGGGUACUGCCAAAGAAUGUUGAGAUGGUCAAUCACUCAAAAGGAGGAAGUGACACAGAAACGAUAUUUAGCAGGAGCGCACGUUUAUAAAGAGCCGGAAAGGCGCUUUAACUGCACCGAAUGUGGGAAGAGAUUCUUAAAAUUAUCUGACCUUAGGCUUCACCAAGGAAGCCACAGAAUAAAAAUCAAACAAUUAAACGGUUACGUUAUUCAACUGAAGAGUCAUCAGAAUGUCCAGGCAAGCCAGAGGCUGUCCAUCGAGCAGAAAAAUUCUAAUGCAGGUUCACCCAAAAACAUAUCCGGGGCAAAGUCAUUAACAUGUGCCGUGUAUGGGAAAAGCAUCAGCCCCAACACCCACGUCACACCGCAUCAAAAAACACUUGUAAGAGAGAGGCGCUUUGUGUGUAAAUUCUGCGGGAAAAGAUUUCAAAAUAAUAGUAACCUUAUUGGGCAUGAAAGAAUUCAUACUGGAGAGAAACCUUUCGAAUGCCCAGAAUGUGGCAAAAGCUUCAGCCAGAAAGCAAACCUCACAACUCACCAGAGGCUUCACACUGGGGAACGGCCCUUUGUAUGUAUCACUUGUGGUAAGGGCUUUGCUCAGAAGAUCAACCUGCUCACACACGAGCAGACGCACUCCAAGAAAAAAAAGAAAAGCGAUGGCAAACACAUCAUGAUCAAUUGAUCGUCCCGCUUCAGGAUCUGGCUGAUUCAAUAAACGGAGAGACGUGUUCAGCUGUGAUAACCAUAAAGUGCCUGGAAAUUGGUUGCUCCAUUUCACAAAGUCUACUUAUUUUUGAAUAAACCUACACAGUUCCUGAGAUGGCUAAUUUUACUGUUGGUCUAGUUUAGGACUAGCAUUGACAGGUGCUACUUUUUUUUUAAAAAUAAAAAAAAGGGUAGGUAUCACUGGGAAGUAAGUCUCUCAAAACACUGCUCGCAUAGAUGCCCCUAGAUAUCCAUAUCCAUCUCAAAAAGGCUAUAUACCUCACUCCUUCCGUAGGAGGACACUUGUCAUACAUAGUUUUCCAGUUUCAUCAUCUUUUUGGUUAGAAUAAAAACAAUAGUCAUUGCUAGUGUUUGUGUUCUAAACGUUAGUACAUUCCCCACCAUUACAGCAUACUCUGUUUCCUCUGCAGUUUCGGGGGGGGGGGAAGACAUUCUUUGGGAUAUUAUAGUCUCUUGGGUCACCUUUGAUUGGAACAUAUCAAUUUAAUUCCAUUCUAGAGGCAGUGUACUUUCACUAAGUGCAGUGAAAUAUUUUACCUGUUUGAGACUCCCCCCAACAGAAAACUUCUUCCGUGGAUGUGGCGUAUGAUAUACUGUUACUGUAUGUACAUUAGGCAUGCCAACUACUUUCUUUGCUCAUGUUUCUCGAAGUCGUGGCAUGCACCUCACACACUCCCGAAAGGUCAGCAGCAGAACACACAAUGGCACGUGCAGAAGCUGCUACAAAGCACUGCCAGGGUUAUUUCCAACACUUCUAUAAAGGGUUUUAUUUGUGCACACCCCUUCAAGUGCCGAAAUAAUAUAAUUCCCAGUAAUACUUUCCCUUUUUUUUUUUUUUUUUUUUUUUUUACAAAGAAACGAUGCAUAAGGAAGAAAGUACCUCAGAAAUGAAAGUAUUUAGGAACUCUAAAAUACGACUCAUUCUCUCCAAUGUUUUCUAGCCUUAAAUUUACAGAAUAUAUUUCCAGUUUGUGUAUAUAUAUAUAUAUAUAUAAAUAUAUAUAAUAUGAUGUUUCUGAUAUCCUUGAAACAAACUGAAUAUCCUUGUAUUGUUAAAAAAAACCUAGAGAAACCUCUACUUUCUGUUUUAGAGAAAUGCCUUGGAACUUGUAGAGAUGGGAAACCUAUUUAUUAUGUGGUAGACAUUUUUUAGUUGGGUGUUCAGGAUUUCUGAUGUUUUAGUAUCCCUUCUCCCCUGUCAAAUGAAGUUGAUAGUGCAGUAGUCGUCCCCUAAUUGUACAUGAAGCUACAAAAAUCUCCAUGUUUUAAUGGUGCGUUCAUUACAACUGGUCUGCUAAGGUCAAAGUGACUGGACUAAAGACCUAGUGGGUACAGUUGGCUAUCCCAAUAUUUCAAAGUAAUGUGAAAAUGGAAUUCUGCUGAGCUGGCUAUGUGGAUAAUGCCAAAUAAGCUGCAGUUAAUGGAAAGGAAAGGCUGUACUACAAACAUUAUCUUUGGUCUUGUUUGAUAUACAAUGAGAGGUGUCUUAACAGACCCCUUUGCAUGUAAAACCAGUGUUUCCAAUGGCUCACUUCAAACAUACAUACUGGGAUUCUCUGAUGCGGUUAUGUUAAGACAACACUAAGCUGCUAGUGAAAUAAGCUGCAUCAACUAUGCGGACGUUGAUCUCCUGUGAAUAGGACUUGUUCUCUCUGAUACAGCCUAUAAGGUGUUCAUGUCUUCCUGCCAAAGACCCAACGGUUAUUUUAAUAGUCCUUUUCUAUUCACAUAACAUUAAAUGAGUAGCAUUUUUAUAGAUAAACACGACAAUUACGGUUUUUGGUUUCUGCUGCUCCAGUGAACAAGUCCUGCGUUGGUAGGUUUUAUCCACGGAUUGGAAGAAUCGUUAAUUUUCUUAUCAGAUUUCAUUUAGAUUUCCUUUUUUAUUUAUGUUGAGUGAAAUGUACGAGUAUGUUCCUCUGCACAGUGCCUCUUUAUCUGCAACCUUUUUACUAAUGUACCUUGAUAAAGUGCCCAUAGCCUCUUCAAUGGUUGUUUUCCUUUUAAAUAUGUAACAGGGCCGAAGAAGACGAGAACGUGUAGUAGCCCUUCCAUAAACCGUAAUUUGUACAAAGCCAAAUACACUAAGCCGAUUCCGUGCUGUUUAAUAGUAUCCGUAAUAUGAGGGAAGUUCAUUUGGCUUCAUCAGUUGUCAUUAUUGGCAGUGAGAAAGCAGAAUCGGUUGCAAAUGCUGAAAGAUCGGAUGCUGGGUGCCCAUGCGGUCUCUACUUUUCUGCCACCCUUUGUAGGAUAUAGCUUUUGGCUAUAAAUCGGGGAAAAGAUCAUGUAGGGCCCAUCGGCCAUUGCUGUGCACCAUUAUUCAGCUGUAAGUGAAUUAUAGCAACACUAGAUUUGCGAACACUGCUGGGCAACAGUCUAAGGGUUGUUUAAAGGAUUCCAUGUUCUACUAGUGAUCAUGUGGAUGUUUGAUGCUACUGCACUAUUGACAGCGGGUUCCUCACACACUGUUCAACUGUUAGUAAUUCCAGGUUUUAAAUUCUUGUAAUAUAAAUGAAGAAUGGCGUGAGCAUAAAUGUGCAUCUGUCACACAUCAUUGUUACUUUCGCUGUUGAAUCCUUAUGCACAGAAUGCCUUUACUGCACGCUCUAUAGCAUUUCCUCCUGCAGGGUUCACUUUUAUGUAGAACUUCAACAGACCAUUUCUAAUGGCACUGUAUGCUGGGCUGGGCGUUGGAACCUGCUAAAUGCAGCUACUUGUGAAGAAAUUGUAUUCAAAGGAGGGAAUAAAAAAAACGCAGAUUUUUGUUCAUAUGCAAACCGUUAUGGUUGUUCAUGUUCCGAAUAUGUUGUUGAUGUUGCUUAAACAGCAGGUAUUUAAUUAUACAGUCUGGGAUGUUUAAGGUGUGACCAGUCAGGAAUUACCUUUUUUGUGGUUUAUAAAUGACUUUGGCUAUAAUACACUGCAACAUUUAUUUCUUUUCAAUGUACUUUUCAAACUUGUUCUGCCAUUUUCCCCUCAUUGGAAAUGUUAUAAUACAUUGUCAUUAGUCAAGGAAAAGUUAUAUUUUAUACCUUAUUUGCCAGAGUUGCCUUUGAACAACUCUUAGACCAUUCCCCAUCUGGUUUGUUGGGGUUUGGUACAACCCAAAUGUAGUGCUACAGGGGGGCGAUCAGGAAUGUUUUAUUAAUUAUUUUUUUUGUGUAUUAUACAUCACUACAAAGUCAAAAGUUCUAUGGCAAUAUAAAAUAAUAAGGGAGACCCACAAGUAUGCUUAAUAGAGGACCACAUUGAUUUUAAGCAUCCAAGCCAUUGUUGGCGGUCAAAAUUAAUUCAGGCUUCCUUUGGUAUGGCCUCAUUGUUUUAUUUGGUUUUAGUAGAAUAUACAUAUUUAAUCUCCCACGUUCAUGUUUUUUUACCAAACUUUGAGUGUGAUGCUUUAUUCCACAAUCACUUGCAAUUAUUUGGGGACCCUUCCCCCUUCUGAUUUAAAUUCUUUAAUCAAAUAUACUUUUUCCAUACUGUUUUCUCAAACACAUGAAACCAAAAUAAUAUAUAUGGAUAUAUAUAUGCAAAUCAUCUCUGUUGCAUUUAUUGUUUCUCUUUUUAAGUUAUUUCUCCUGGAGAGCAACAGUCUACUGCUUUUACUGCCAUCCCUUUAUUUGUCUGUUUCAUUGUCGGCCUUCUUUCCAGCACAAGCAUUUAACGCAUGUUAAGUGUCUUCUAUGUGUGAACUUACUAGAAUUCAAGGUACUUUAGAAGGAGCUUGUUUGCUGUUCUAUAAACUUCCCAUUUAGAAUGAGUGCUUACUAGAAUCCUUAUGAUUAAUGUGUCAGAAGUGCUGUAAUAUCUUCCAAUAAACAGUUUUCUUAA